AUGCCUUCCUACGUUGUUACCGGCGCCAGCCGUGGCCUUGGAUUCGAGUUCAUCCGCCAGCUCGCCGCAGACCCAGCCAACACCGUCAUCGGCCUCGUCCGCGACAAAGCCGCCGCAGAAGCGAAGGCCCGAGCCCAGGGCCUCGCAUCGGUGCACUUCGUCGAAGCGCAGUAUACCGACCUUGCUUCGCUAAAGGCAGCGGCGGAAACCGUCAAGACCAUCACGGGCGGAACACUGAACUACCUCAUCAACAACGCGGCCUAUGUCUCGGAGGUUAGCGAGUGGAAGACUCUCGGCGAUUUCCACGACAAUUUCUCCACCCUAGAGUCCGACAUCCUCACCUCGAUAUCGAUCAACACCCUCGGCGUAAUAAAAACAAUCGAGGCCUUCCUCCCCCUCCUCCAAGCCGUCACAGACGGCCCCAAAAAAGCCAUCGCCAUCACAAGCGGCAUGUCCGACCUCGACCUAAUCAACAGCGCCGGAAUCGCCGUCGCUGCUCCCUACGCUAUCAGCAAGGGCGCCCUGAACGUCGCGAUCGCAAAGUACAACGCUCUGUACAAGGGCGAGGGAAUCCUCUUCAUGGGCGUGUGCCCGGGGUAUGUUUCGACGGAGCGGAUUACGCAGGAGGUCGCGGAGGAAGAUAAGGCUGCGAUGGCUGCUAUGGGCGCGGGCUUUGCGAAGUUUGCGCCGCACUUUAAGGGGACGAUUUUGCCGCGUGAGUCUGUUGCCGGUGUGCUUGGGCUUGUGCACAAGGCGUCUGUUGAGAAUGGGGACGGGGGUGCGUUUGUGUCGAGGUUUGGGAAUAAGACGUGGUUUUAG